UACAUACCCACUUUGCAGCUAAAGCUCUCAAGGUUUGGCGUAAAAAAAUAUAUAUAACGACAAAAUUUUAGUAGUAAAUGAAAAUUAAGAGUGGUCCAAUCCGAUCCUAUCGCAAAUGCGCAAGAAGGCGUUGCAGGGGCACCGCUCCGCUGGCCGGGAAAACAAUCCACCACAGUUCAGAAGGGGGGGCUGUCAGGACUACCGCUCCCAACGGGCGGAGACGUAUCCCUCGAUCCCAACAGGAAAGCCGCAUUGCGACCCCAACAAGAACGAGGCAACCACACGGUUAGCCAGCAACCUCGCGGCCGAUGGCAGUGGGCGACCCUUCGACAUGGUCAAAGACGACGUGCUGCUCGCUUGGCAGCAGAGUCCUCACAAGGACACGUUGGGCUUCUAUGGCGUAGGGUCGCCCACCCACCAGCCCGAGUCGGUGGUGUUUAACCAGGUGGUUGCCGCCUGCUUGGUCAAGGUCAACGGUGGCGGCACUCAGCGGAGGGUCUCUAAGCAGGCUAAGAAGUCCUUCCCAAGGGACAUGCUGGCGGAAAAGAACCAUAUCCCUCAGAAUUGCAAACCCUUUAUCUUGAACCGCCAGGCAUUGCAGUCGGAUCUACAGCAGAUUCCCCACGUUCAACAGCAGCUCGAUCCCCGAAAAGCAUUCGAGGUGUUAUAUUGCCCUGAUUCUCCUCAGGUUACUCGCGAUUCCACCAGAGUGGCACGCCAUCUGUACACUGGUAUUUCCAGGGAUCAAGUUUUCGACAUGGAGCCUGCGAGGCGAAAAGAUCCACGUGGUCUGCGUCGACGCCAUUGGUACUGCCCACCGGAUUGCUUAGAGCCGCGCCAGCCUCAGCACGAGUGGCCAAAGAACAAGUUGGAUCCUCAUCCCCUUAACAAAGAGUUUCGGAAUUGUCCGCAAGAAAAAGAGGAGCACAAGAGUACGGAACCAAUAAACUACGACCACCUGUACAGUAGAAUCCUUAAGUGCUUUGAGCAAAAACAUUGUCCAGAUCCCCUUUGCGAGCCUUAUGAGAAAUGCUGCAAGCCAAAAAGGUCCCAUGGAAAGGAUAACCAAGGAGGAGGUGACAGUCAAAUACCCAGAGGUGAUCUAGGUGAUCCGACAGGGGAGGAAAAGCGCGAAACAGGAGAGGAUGGUAAAGAUAAAGUAACUGGAGUACGAGACGAAGGAACCGUAGAUAAAGAAGAUGGCAAGGAUAAAAUAAAAAUUACAAAUAAGAAAAGCAAUAAUGAUGGUAAUAGGAACAUAGAUAUAAAUACAGAAGAGGAUAUAUAUACAGAAAAGGAAAGAGACAAGGAUAUAGUUAACGAAAAUGCCAAACAGACGGAUAAAAAAAGGCAUCAAGAACCAGAUAAAAGGAAAGAAAAGGUGAAAAAGAACAAAAAAGAAAAAUAUAAAGAAAGGGAAAAGAAAAGAGGAAAAGAAAAUGAAAAGAAUUGGGAAAGGGAAAGGGAAAAAGAAAAUAAAAGGGAAAAGAAAAAAGAAAAGGAGAGCGAAAGGGGAAGGGAAAUGGAAAAAGAAAGAGAAGUAAAAAGAGAACAAGAUAAGGAAAAGCGAAAGGAAAAAGAAAAGGAAAGGAAACGGGAAGGGGAACAGAGAGAACACGAGAAGGAAAAAGACAAAGAAAUAGAAAAGGAAAAACAACGUGAUAAAGAAAUGAUAAAAGAAAUAGAUAGAGAAAUAGAAAAUAGAAAACGAAGAGAAAAAGAAAGUAGGAAGGAAAAAGAAAGAGAGAAGGAAAAGGAUAUGAAAAAAGAACAUGAAAAGGAAAAAGAAAUAGAAAAAGAAAAAGAAGAAGAAAAGGAAGAAAAAGGUAAGGGACAAGAAAAAGAAAAGGAAUCAGAAAAAGAAAUAGAAAAGGGAAAGAAAAAGGGAAAUGGAAAGGAAAGGGAAAAAGGAAAAGAUGUUAACAAAGAAAAAGUAAUUGAAAAGAAAAAAGAUAGAGAAAUAGGAAUAAACAAAGACAAAGAAAGAAAUAAAUUUCCAGAGAAGGGCAAAGAAAAAAACAAAGAAGAGGAUAUAGAAUAUGAAAAGGAUGACCUUGAUAAGUAUAAAAAUCAAAACAAAAAAAAGAACAAAAUUAAAAUAAGCGAAGACAUUAAGAACGAAGUAGAUAAAGUGUCAGAAAACAAGGAAGGGAAUAAUAAACCGAAACGUAAUGAGCCAGAAGAGCCCCCGCGAUUCUCCGAAAUGGAAAGACGUAAAACGCAACCGGAAAUCCCUUCGGAGUGGGAGCACGAAAGACCUAGCAAAAGAGGAACUUCGGUGGAUGAAUACGAGUUUCCAGCUUUAGAAAUCGUCAGGAACGAGGCAGUGGUUCCGACUUGUAAGCUGAAGGUUCCGCCCAAAAGAAAAAAAAGGAACAGGGAGAAGAACUUUUGCAAGGAUACGCCCAAGAAAACCUGCCCACCUUGUCCACCGGCAGGUUGCCAGUGCGAGAUCUGUAACUUCAUGGAUCGCCCGUAUAACGAACGGGAGGCUCCCUUCAUGCGCGAAAUGAGGCGUGCGGAGCAGAGGCGCCAGCUACGUACCUACUACCGCCAAAUGUGUCAUCAGGAAUUGAUCCGGGAUCGACGUAGGCCGGAGUACCGGGCGCCUAACCACCAAUGCGAUCCGAUCUGCUGCUCCAACUUCUUGUGCCAAAAUCCCCGACUCGCCGAGCACUGCGAUUGCCUAGGAGCCGUGCAGGAGCUGCAGAAUCUUCUCUCCGACGCCAAGGACAACGAGGACCACAGCAGACUUCUCCUGCGCGUCGAUAAUCUUCGGAAACGAGUCUGUCAGCGAAUGUGCGAUUCCAUUCUGGCGUGAACUGGAUCGGAGGGCAUUCGAGUUAUUGAAUGUAAAUUUGUUGUUUUUGAGAAAGUACCAAUGUAUGUACAUAUGUAAUAUGUGUAAUAUCUGAGUAUUUGUUUUAGGUUAAACAAGACAUGUAAAUUUAAUAUAAGCAUACUUAUUUAGCUUAUGAAAA